GGGCAGACGAACCGAAGUGCGUCAUGGCGGCGCUCACAGUCACAUGGCUCCAGGCUGCAGCAGUGCGGUUUCUUGAAGAUACCAAUGGUGUUUGGACGUUCAUUCGCCAUUCGACUUGAUACAUCAUCUCCUGCCGGGGAGGAAUAAGCCAAGUGCGGUUCAUGCCUGUCAUGACGCAAUUGCUGACACCGCCAAAAGGAUGACGUGGACGUCUUAUUCCCUUCAGAAGGUUGAUGACCUGGCAUUGGGAACUUUUACUCAGAAGGUUAAGAAUGAAUCAGUCACCAGAGUGGCCUUAUCCUGUGAUGAGACAAAGCUAGCAGCUAUCAGUGAUGAGACAAAAACUCAGAUCACCAUCUUAAACAUCAAAACAGGAAAAACAGUGCUCUGCUGUGAUGAAAUUAGAAGCAAGCAAAUUGUCUCUGUCAGUUGGAAAGGGAAAGAAGAUGAACUUUUCCUGGGAGAUGAGACAGGCUGUGUAUGGGUGCUGUAUGUUUCUUCCUCAAAGACUUUGAAUUUCUUCAGAGAAAAGUAUGCAAUGGUGGGGCAAUUGGAUUCCAAAGUGAUCCAAGUUGAGGCAUGUGGUUCCUUGCUGCUUGCUUCCACCCUUACCAGGACCUACAUGCUGAAUUUGUAUCAGAAAAGUCAAUGGCAGAUGGGGACAAAAUUGCGAGAGGCAGAAUGUGGUGCAUGCUUCUUCUGGCCGGACCCUUGUCACCAGAAGUUACAGAGAAAUGGGCGACUUCAAAAUGCACGUGUCUUCUGCACUCGACCAGGUAGUCGACUAUGGGACUGUGACCUAAAUGGAACUGUCAGACAAACACAUCAGCUGCGAUCACUUGUGGAGUCACAUUGCAACCACUUUCCACAUGGUUUCACCCUUCUCUACCAGGCCUCAGAUGAUCUCCUUCUCACCUUUAAUGAUACCCAUAUCUACCUGAUUGAUCCUGUUGCAGUUACCAUUGUAUCAUGCAUCCAGGUUGACAAGGGGAAGUUUAUAUCUGUGAACACUGUCAGUGGGAGCAUCUAUGCCUUAACUAAUACAGGCAAGAUCCAUCAUUGGGAUAUCCUUUCCCACCCAUCCAUAGAUGCAAGUGAAGAUGCCCUUGAAGUCAAGUCGUGGAAGAAAUCAGAAUCAGAUUCAAUUUCAAAGGAAGUGUCAAGUAAGAGCCCAAAGGAACUGGCCCAAUUCUUUUUUCCUAACUCAGAAGUGACAACUUGGAGAGAAUUUUUUGAGGAAAGUCUUGGCUUGGGUAAUGAAGACAAUGUUGAGCCAAAAGGAAGUGAAGAUACCCUCCAUGUUCCAACAGAUACUUCAAUGUUGGCAUAUAGUAUGGUGGGAUCUGAAUAUGCCCUCAACUACUUUCCUCUGGGUGAGGAUGCUCUUGAUGAACUGAAAUCUUUGAUGGCUGGAGGCCUCCAUUCAGGACAGGAAAUGAUCAGAUCAAAACUGAAGAAGUUCCUGAAGGCUAAAGCUGAGGAUAAACAUGGAGAAGAAGAUCCAGUUUUAACUGGUCCAAUGUGGACAAAGCUACCUCCAGAUGCCAAGAGUAUCUUCAAUGAAGUAGUUGAGAAGGGCAAGAUUUUAUUGCUCUUGAGUGAGUCCAUGCAGAAAGACUCCCUUGACCUUGAGGCAGUCUUGAGAGGAUGGCUUGCAUCUGCUACUAAUGCGAUAAAAAAAGUGAAUACUAUUGCAGUACCUUCUCUGGACAUGGAGAUUCCCAUUCACUCUUUCUCAUGCCUGUUAUCAAGUGAUGAUCGGCGGAUUCUGUCCCAAGUGUUGAUUCUCAUGUGCCUUCACCCAGGCUUCAUUUGCCAUUCUAGUCCUUGUGUUCCUCCCUUUGAAUGCAUGACUGUCCCUUAUGAAGAGGGACAUCCCUUUGUUCUGAUUCAAGACCAAUUGAACAUCUUCUUUGAACCAGAUAUCCUCCUGGAUUUCAUCUCUCAGGAGGCUCAGCUAAAACCUUGCCAACGAUUUUUGCUAUGGAUCCUGGCCUUGCGUGGCAGCAGACGAUGGUCCACAGAAACCAGAAUUGAUGACAUCUCAGGGGCUGUGGACCUCCUGAAGACUUUUGGCCUCUCUAGGUCUCAUCUGCUUGGAUUCUUAGAUUCAUCUAUUCAGGAAUUCCCCAGUCUCUGGAAGGAAUGUCGAGAAAUUCUUGAGCCGAUUGACUGCCUCUUUCUUCUCCUUAAAUCCAGUUUUGAUCCUCACACUUGGAAUACUAUCUUCAUGGCUUUCAUCAGUGAUUCUGAAUUUGUGAUUGACUGCUGGCAGUUUCCUGAACUUCCCUUUUUCUCACUGCAUUCCUUGAUUUUGGAGCAUGGAUCUCAUGAACCUUCAUGUCGUUGUGGAGCUCCUCUUCCGUGCCAAGAAAACUCAGAGCCUUCUUAUCAGCAAGUCUUUCUCAAGUUAUUGGAUUUGGCAUCUGUGGACACAAGAGAUUACUUGUCUGAAGUUGUCCUGGGAAAGAAAUCUUGGUGGUUCUACAUUCAUCUCAAAGGGAGCUCUUUGCUUCAGUCAGAAGAUGGGAAAAGAAUGCUGCUUAGUUUCUUGAACUGGCCAAUUCUCCAUCUUUUCCUUGCCCCCUUGUCUGCAGAGAGAAAGAGCAAUAUUUUGCAGUCAGUCUUUGAAAUGGACCCAAACAAGUGCUAUGCUUGUGGGGUGGAAGAUGGAAGGAAGAGGACUGCUUCUUUUUGGACCGAAGCUGUAUCUCUUCUAUUGAACAUGUUCAGUGCUGCUGAGGUAGUUUCCAUGCUUCGCAAAUCCUGUCACAGAAUACCACCUGGAUCCAUUCCUCUUAGGUUGUAUCAGGAGUUGCUGUAUCGCCUGUUGAUUGGCAAGAAAAUCCCAGAGGCAGAAAAUUCAGUUUCAUCACUCUUUCACUUAGCUAACAGUACUGGGAAGCCCAUAUCUACUAUGAAAGCCCAUCCACAGCUGUACAAGGGUAUUGCAGCAGGAGAGAAGCUAGAGCUGACCUAUGGCCACCACUGGGGUGUGAAGGUGCGAAGGGAUCAAGAUUGCCCUUCCUGCUUCCUCCCAUUGUGGAACAAAGCUCUGAUGGAAGAGGGGAUUCUCAUCUACGCCUGUGGACAUGGCAUGCAUCGCAUAUGCCUUUCACGUUCCCAUCCCCAUCCCACAGUGUGUCUUACUUGUCUCUCCCACUCCUAAUGGGAACAAUUAGGUGCUGUUGCUCAAAUCCAGUGUGAUUCCCGUUCAGGGGCAUUAUAGGCUCUGAAGAAAUUUUAUGUAACUCAUUCAGUGCAUUUACUUGAUACCCUUUGGUUUUAAAAACUGAGCUUGUCUUUCAUUGGCUUGAAAAUCAAUGCUAUAAGUUAUUGCAUGGCACAAUCAUUAUUAUGAUAAAUUGUACUGAAGUUACAUAUGUUUUUGUAACCUUUUUUGUUGAAGUCAGG